AUGUCCCCGUGUGUGUCCUCACAUCUCUGCCUGCUGGUCCUACCAGUGAUGUCACUGCUGCUGCUUUUCUCUCCUAUUGGCUGGAGCUACGAUGGCCUCACCCCGGGAUGUCACCUAUAUCCCUUCAACGUCACCAUCCGCAGUGACCGUCGUGGCACAUGUAAAGGCACCCACCUGGUUUACGCCUGCGUGGGCUACUGCGAGUCCAGUGCCUUCCCCUCCAGAUAUUCUGUCCUGGUGGCGUCCAACUUCACCCAUAACAUCACUUCUGCUUCACGAUGCUGCACCAUCAGCAAGGACGCCAAGGUCAAAGUUCGCCUGGACUGCCCUCGAGGUCGUCACCAUGACGAAAUAGAGAUCCUGACAGCGAGGGCGUGUCGCUGCGACAUGUGCCGCAGGUCCCGUUACUGA